GGUUUACAAUUCAAUGUGUUAACAUAAGAAAAUAGCGAAGAUGAGGAAACUUGAAGAUAACGAUGAUAAGGAAUGGUCGAACGUCAUGUACAGCCAGCAUCCAUCGCUGAGGAAGCUGGAACCAAUAGAAAAGCAAUUCUUGUUAGCAGUCGAAAAAGGAGAUGUCGUUCGAGUGGCAAGGAUGCUGGACAUGUCAAACAGGAAUAGAUCGCUGAAGCUGGACAUUAAUUGCAAAGAUCCAGUUGGUCGUUCCGCCACCUUAAUGGCCAUCGACAAUGAAAACUUGGAAAUGCUAGAGCUUUUGCUAGAAAAUGGCGUUGAAAGCAGGGAUGCAUUGCUACAUGCUAUUAAUGCUGAAUAUGUGGAAGCAGUUGAUUUGCUUUUAGAACACGAAGAAAUAGUGCAUAAGGAUGGAGACCAACAUAGCUGGGAAAAAGUGGACAGAGAUAUAUCAACGUUCACCCCAGAAAUCACGCCAUUAAUACUUGCUGCUCAUAAAGAUAAUUAUGAAAUCCUGAAGAUUUUACUGGAUCGUGGGGCCACAUUGCCUAUGCCACAUGAUGUGCGAUGUCCUUGCUCUGAGUGUGUUCGAUCCGUGGAAGAAGAUUGCUUGUGUCACUCGAGAUCAAGAAUCAAUGCUUAUCGUGCAUUGUCUUCUCCGUCCCUUAUAUGCCUUUCUUCUAUUGACCCAAUUUUGACAGCUUUUGAGCUUUCCUGGGAGUUGCGGAGACUUAGUCGAGCAGAAAACGAGUUCCAAGAAGACUAUUUGAAACUGCGACAGCGUUGUCAAGAUUUUGCUACGACACUGCUUGAUCAUGCUCGAAGUUCAAGAGAACUGGAAAUGGUACUUAAUUACGAUCCAACAAGACCAGUUUAUCAACAUGGAGAACAUAUGCCGUUAGCUAGAUUAGAAAUGGCUCUGAAGUACAAACAAAAGAAGUUUAUAGCCCAUCCUAAUGUACAGCAACUACUCAGUACAUUAUGGUAUGAUGGUCUUCCUGGAUUCCGAAAGCAGAACCCUAUCUAUCAACUAUGGGACAUAAUAAAGAUUGGCGUUUUGUUUCCAUUGUACUCCGUAAUGUAUAUGAUGCUGCCUAAUUCAAAAACAGGGCAGUUAGUUCGGAAACCUUUCUUCAAGUUCAUAAUACAUUCCUUUUCUUACCUCUUUUUUCUGUUUCUUCUGAUUCUAGCUUCUCAAAGGAUUGAGACUGUUCUUGCUCGUUGGUUUGGUAACGAAGAAAUGCAAAUUCAUUUAACAGAGUCCUUGAAAAGGCAACGAGGACAGCCGCCAACAAUUAUAGAAUCAACUAUUUUGGUUUAUAUAAUUGCUCAUAUUUGGCAAGAAACUAAAGAGCUAUGGACUAAAGGACUUGUUCUGUACUUCCACAAUUUAUGGAACAUAAUCGAUUUUAUAAGGAACAGUCUUUAUGUUGGGACUGCUGGGAUGCGUGUGCUUGCAUACAUUCAAGCUCAAGUAGAAAUCGCAGAUAAUCCGAUGUCAGUUUACAUUCCCAGAGAAGCAUGGAAUGCUUAUGACCCUAUGCUCAUUGCAGACGGGCUUUUUGCUGCAGGAAAUGUGUUUGCUGCAUUAAAACUGGUACACAUCUUCUCAAUAAAUCCAUACUUAGGACCGCUUCAGAUAUCACUCGGACGAAUGGUAAUAGACAUUAUCAAGUUCUUUUUCAUUUAUGCAUUGGUACUGUUUGCUUUUGCUUGUGGACUCAACCAGCUGCUGUGGUAUUAUGCUGAUAUGGAGAAGCAACAAUGUUUUAGCGGUCCAAAUGGUACGGAAAAUUGGACUCAUCAAAGAGAUUCCUGCUUAGCUUGGCGAAGAUUUUCCAACCUUUUUGAAUCAUCCCAAACUCUUUUCUGGGCAAGCUUUGGACUGGUUGAUAUCAGUAAUUUUGAAUUGACCGGAAUAAAAAGUUACACCCGAUUUUGGGGACUUUUGAUGUUCGGAUCAUAUUCCGUUAUCAAUGUGGUGGUGCUACUCAACCUCCUCAUUGCCAUGAUGAGUAAUUCUUACAACAUAAUCUCGGAAAGAUCAGAUAUGGAAUGGAAAUUUGCAAGAACAACGUUAUUUAUGAACUACUUCGAAGAAGGCAGCACUGUUCCGCCGCCUUUUAACAUAUUUCCUACAUUCAAACAUUUCCUACGUCUAUUUGGAAAGAAGACUUCAUUCAAAGAUAUGUCUUUUAGGAGAAAGGAAACGAAGAUGAAAGAAAGGGACACUAUCUACCAGGCUGUAAUGUGCAAUCUAGUCUGGAGAUAUGUAACAGCGCAGCAGAGAGAAACCGAAAGUCAUCCAGUAACAGAGGACAACAUCAACGAGCUACGGCAAGAUAUUUACUCUUUUAAGCAUGACUUGAUGCGAGUAUUAAAGGGAAAUGGCAUGAGCAUUAAAGACGUAGAAAAAGAUAAAAUUGAUGUUACAGGUAAACGAGUCCAAAUUCGAAAGAGGCGAUUGAUUAAAGAUUUUAGCAUCGGUUUAAUGGAAGUUUACACCGAUGAAGCAGCCCCUGAAGUUGCAAGCAAUAAAAGUAUGCUAGCUAGGCUAGUGGGUUUAACAGGAGCUGAAACAAGAAGCUCACAACGCUGGCGUGAUCUCAUCCAAGCAGCGAAAAAGUCAAAAAUCAUUGGGAAUCGAGAAGAAAGUGGUCGUUUUGGAAGCAUCAAAAGAUCGCAAAGUGAAGAAGAACAAACUGAUCAAAACGAAGUCAGAAAAACUGAUUCAGAGUUUCAAAAAUCAGAGUGUCCUGGUCCUGUAAAUCAAAGCAGUGAUCUAUAUCCAAAAAUUCCAGAAGAUUUGAAUAUCAUUCCAAACACACAAACAACAACGAUUGUUUCACAGCCUACUUCAAGUACUCUGCCGCUUGCUUCGACAAAGAAGAAAAGUGAAAGUCAGAAUCCCAAAUUGGAAAGCUCAAUCGAAAGAGGGAUCAAGUUAUCUCCUGAUACUCUGCCAAAAAACCCAAAAAAGUAUCAAGCACCAAAUCCAGCUCAAUCUACUAAUGCAAAAAUUGCGCCAUCCACUGAGAAAGAUAUUGUUAAUGAAAAUGCUGCGCCUCAUAACGAUACGAAGCAUCCUUUGACCCCAAUUAAAUCAAUAUCAAGCUUUAAUGAUAAAUGCCAGAAGAUUGAUAGGGCAUUUGGGAAAUCUGCAAUCAAACCACCUUAUGAUACAGCAAUAAAUGUAACCCCAUGCAUGGGAAAUGCCUCAAAUUUCAUGAAUGAAACUUCAGUUGAAAUUAUUUGUAGCUCUGAGUCACCCAGAUUUGUUAGUUGCAAUGAAAGCCGAGAUAAUUCUUUCAAGCACGAUGACAUAAAUGAUAAUUUAAGUGUUGAUAUGAAUCAAAUGCAGAACGUAGAAGAUAAUCUCCAGCUCCAGAAUAGAAAUGAGAGAUUUCCAAUGGAAUCUCAACCUGCAACCGUGUCAGAAAGUUAUAGCCAGUACAUGUUGCAGAAUGAAUCUCAGUCUGUAAGUGCAAACAGACCUGAAAGACCGAGUCCUGUUCAUUUUGAAAGACACGGAUGGCUCUGAAAAGAUUUUUUAAAAUGGGAGAAGAAUAGUGAAAUUGUUUGAAAAGAUUACAAAGAACUGUUCGAACCAAUCAGCCUGUUUUUGAAACGUUAAUGUAUAAAAAUGAAAAUUAAAUUUAAAAGUCUGAACA